AUGAACACAACGGCUCCGAACGGCGCCCACGACGCCUCUGCUAUAUCGUCAUCUACUGCCCGAGAAUACAGCCACAAACAGCCCCGAGUAUCGGCCCACUCUACACCGACGAACGUCCUGGAGCCGGCCGAGACAGACCAGAGCUCCAACGAUCCGUCGGCCAUCCUUCCCGCCGAUCUCGCCCUCGCCCUCUCCUACAAUCUUCAGCAGGCCUCAUCCCGACAGUCGCAACAAGAAUCAGGCGAGCGCCAGCGGACGCUUUCGGAAGUGCAAGAUCAGGCGUCGUACUACUGGGAUGCGUCCAGCAUGGCGCCACUCAAUCCAGUCUCGGCGGCUGCCAUCGCUCGACUGCGUGCAUAUAAACCACCGCCGUUCCCGACAUGGGAUCGCCUCCCAGUAUCUCGGCGCGCCGCCGUCUUGAUCCUUUUAUUCGGAGAUCGGAGGGGCGAUCUGCGAGUCGUCAUCACAAUGCGCGCUGCGAGCCUUAGAAACUUCUCCGGUCAUGCCGCUUUUCCUGGUGGGAAAGCGGAUUCACUCAGCGAAAGCCCAUAUCAAAUAGCUCGUCGCGAAGCAUGGGAAGAGAUUGGUCUCCCCAUGGACGACAACAAGAUCCCAUCUCCGUUCCACAUUGAGCCACUGUGUAGUCUGCCCUGCAGCCUUGCUAAGACGGAACUGGCCGUGCGCCCCUGCGUGGCCUUCCUCCAUUCAGAGGACAAGCCGGGCUUUCCGCCAUCGCCAACAGUUGACGAAGCCAUGAUCCCCCGGCUCGACGCGAAAGAAGUAGCAGCCGUAUUCUCCGCGCCCUUUGCCAACUUCCUCCGCAGCACCGACGAAGCCCCCCAACCCGGCGAUCCCCCCAUGCCUCCCGGCCACUGGUACGAUGGCCGCUGGAUCAACGUGGACACGUACCCGUGGCGCGUGCACAACUUUCACGUCCCCGUGCACACGCAGCGCGUGACGACGCCCAAGAUCCGCGAGGAUGGUCUUGAGGCCUUCGGUGACGAUAUCCCCGAAAACGAGCAAACACCGCCCAUCGACCGCUUCUUGGUCUGGGGCAUGACAGGCCGCAUUUUGGUGGACGCGGCGCGCAUCGCAUACGCCCAGGAGCCCGAGUUCGAGCACAACGACCACUACGGCGACGAAGCUCUGAUCGAGCAACAGACCAGAGAAGGCAGGAUGAUGACCGAGAAGAAGAGGAAAGAGGUCGGUCUCGACGCUGUCAAGGAGGAAGUCAAGGAUGCCAAGAUGUGA